UUACGCACAUGCAUUAAGCCCAGAUUUCCCAGAACGAGGCUCAGUUAAAUUUUCAUUCAACACAAACACGUAUAAAUAUUAACUACCCAUUCGGGAACUCAUUGAAGAAUAUUUUAAAGAAAAUGUGCGGUAGUAUUGUGCUAAAUUAUUGCUAAUCAAAUCGUUUUUGUGUACGUGCAACACUUCAUUUAACCGGAAAUCAUUAAUGUGUAAUUUACAUCGAUAAUCAAACCGAGCGCGCCUAUAUACAUGCAAUAAAAGUAUUGGUUUUCUUAUUUCCGCUUAAGAACGCAAUUAUUGAUGUUUAGAAAUCGCUGAUUUACAUUAGUUUUAACUAAAAUACAUGUAGCAGGUGUGUGAUACAUUCGGGAUUGUUUAGAGAAAUGACGAAGGUACCCGGUCUCUGUCUUCUGAUCCUUGUUGGGAUACAUGCAGUGCACGGAAGUGCUGUGGACUUUGCUAACAUGAUCCGAGUUGCGACUGGAAAGGCUCCUCGCCAGUUCGUGGGCUAUGGAAACUUCUGUGGCCUCGGGGGCAAGGGGGAAGUGAAGGACAAGAUAGACUGGUGUUGCCGGGAGCAUGACCGAUGUCUGACGGAGGUGAACAGGGGCGCGUGCAGGGCCCUCUUCCACGUCGGCUUCUUCGUGCUCGACUACAAGUGGGCUGUUCUCGACAAUCAAAUCGUCUGCUCUGACCUGAACAAUGCGUGUUCUGCCCAUCUGUGCGAGUGUGACAAGGAAGCCGCCCUCUGUAUGGCCAACAACGACCACCACUACGACCCAGACUUGAAAAGACCUGCCUUGUACAACUUCAUUAGAUUGUUCUCUUUCUCUUUCAAAUAAUCAAUAUCGCUCUGGGAAAACCGAGCUUAAUGCAUUUGCGGCGUAAAGUUUCGACCAUGAUUAGCCUGUUCGGUUAUAUGCAUAAUAUAAAUACUUUUAAAGGGACCUUUUACCAGAUUUUUGGUUGCUUGGAAGUUUGUCAUUAAAUGCUUUAAAUUGAUAAAUGUAUACAAACACAAUAGAGUUCCAGUAUAAAACAAAAAUACAAUUAAAGAAAGAAAAAGUUAUCCUCACCUGGCUUCAAACCAGUUACCCUCGGAGUAAAAGACUAGCCCUUUAAAAAACCAUUUUGCCAUAUGUGCCAACAUGAUACUCGCAGUAUUUUAUACUUUAUAUUAGCAAUCCUUGUACUGUCACAAUAUAUAUAACGAUACUUUUCGCGUUUGUAACGCUCUAUAAUACUAAGGUUUUUAAAUCUUUAAAAGAGGCAGAUAAUGGAUAUUUUAGAGCAUGCUAAAUGUUCAGUAUUACUGUUUCUUUGCAAAAAAACAUAACUACAACAAACAUUUGCAAAUCGGAAACAUAUUUUUUUCAAUUUGGUCAAUUUAUCAAAACGUGAAAAGGUCCCUUUAAAGGACGACUGUUAAAUACGAAACUCAAGUUUAAGCGGAAAGUGUCGUCCAUGAUUAGCCUGGGCAGAGGCUAGUCCGGUACGACACUUCACGCACUUCACG